AUGUUAAAACAAAUAGCUGAAGACGGACGAAUAAAAAUUAUUUAUUACUUGUCACGGGUUUUAACAAAUACUGAAUUAAGAUAUUCUACGACGAAAUUAGAAGCAUUGGCCAUUGUCUGGGCUAUAACAAAAUUACUUCCAUAUUUACUUGGUAAAGAUUUUAGAAUUGAAACUGAUCAUUGUCCACUAUGUCAAUUUCAUAAAAAAAGAUCACGUAAUGGACGUCUCGAUCGAUGGGCAAUUGAAAUAUUAUUCGAAUACAACAUUACCGAAAUUAAAUAUAAAAAGGGGAAAUGUCAUUGUGAUGCAGAUUUACUUUCCCGUUAUCCACUACAAAGUAAUCAAAGUUUUUCUAAUGACUUUAGUAUAAGAAAACAACAUGAAGGUUAUUUAUCCCCGUACACAGAUGAAUUAUAUGACAAUGACUCAGGUAUUCAACCAACAGCAUCGGUUAAUGUGAUUACAUGUUCAGCAGCUCGAGCUAAUAAUAACCAAUAA